GGAUCAAUAACUGCAGCUGGAUUGUGUUUGUUCUCUCCAUCAGAUUCCUGUCAACUCACAAUCGACACAAACACAGUGAACACAAACCUCCAACUGUCUGACAACAACAGGAAGGUGACACAUGUGGAGGAGGUUCAGUCAUAUCCUGAUCAUCCAGACAGAUUUGAUGUUUGGCCUCAGCUGCUGUGUAGAAAUGGUCUGACUGGUCGCUGUUACUGGGAGGUCGAGUGGAGAGCAGAUGUUUAUAUAUCAGUGAGUUACAGAAGCAUCAGAAGGAAAGGAGGCAGUGACUGUUUGUUUGGAUGGAAUGAUCAGUCCUGGAGUCUGUACUGCACUGAUGAUGGUCCUCGUUCUGUCAGGCACAAUAAUAGACAAACAUCCAUCUCCUCCUCCUCCUCCUCCUCCUUCUCCUCCUCCUCUGUCUCUAACAGAGCAGCAGUGUAUGUGGACUGUCCUGCUGGCACUCUGUCCUUCUACAGAGUCUCCUCUGACACUCUGAUCCACCUCCACACCUUCAACACCACAUUCACUCAAACUCUUUAUCCUGGGUUCAGUCCCUGGUCUCCUGGUUCCUCAGUGUCCCUGUGCUGAGUGUAAAGAGUGUCUCCUGUUAGAGAAACACUCUGACUGUUGAACAGUUCAGUCUGUACAUGUCUGUCUCUUUCACUCACAAACACGUUUUCACAUUCAUGGAUUCAAUCAGUUGAUGUUUGAAACUCUUCUAAAUGAUUCCUUGUAAACUUCUUCCUCUUCAGUCACAAACAAACAGGAAGUGAUGUCACAUGUGUUCCUGUCCACACAGCAGAAUGAGUCUAUUGCUGACAGUGAUGUACAAACAGAGUGAGCAUUUCUGAGGCCCAAAAUAAACUGAGUA